UCAUACGCAAAUCACACUUCAUCUAAAAGACUAAAAGAGAGUAGUAGUAGCAGCUGGUCCUGGUUGCGUGGCUCAUCAACUCAACAAACCGAAACAGAAACAGAAACAGAAACAAAAACUGCGAUCCCAAUCUUGCGAAUUGCAAUGGAAACGACGAAUCCCGAUAAUCCCGACGCCACCGCCGCCCUAGUCGACUCCUUCUGCGAGGUCACCUCCGCCACCAAGCAAGAAGCGCUUUUCUUCCUCGAAUCCCACAACUACGACCUCGACGCCGCCCUCACCACUUUCCUCGACAACGAUGCCAACAACAACAACACCGCUGCCGCUGCCGCUGCCACUGCAACUGUCGCCGCUAACAUUUCUCCUCCAAACAACGCCGUUGCGAAUCCCAACGCCCUUUCCGAAUCUCCUUCUCCUGCUUCCGAGCCUCACUCCCCUGACUUCUCGCCCUCUCCCUCUCGCUCCCGUUCUGCUUCUCCUACUCCCUCACGCGCUCCCUACGAGCUCCGAUCGAAACGGGCCAGCGGUAAGGAACCCGCCGCUAAGUCCUCAGGAAGCCAACGUGGCGGAAUCCGCACGCUCCGUGAUCUCAAACGCUCUUCUACCGAUCAAGGGGACGAAGACGACGACGAUGAUGAUUCUGAUGAGGGUCAGUACUUCUACGCUGGCGGUCAGAAGAGUAGCAUGCUUGUCCAAGAUCCUACCAAAGGUACCGAUGUGGAUGAUAUUUUUGAUCAAGCGAGACAGUCAGCUGUUGAUCCACCUUCUGAAAAUACAUCAAGGUCAAGGAGUUUUACUGGCACAGGAAGAUUGCUUACUGGAGAGACUGUGCCAUCUGCUCCUCUACCAUUAGAGCCUAUUACACAUGCAGUCACUUUCUGGAGGAAUGGGUUCUCUGUCGGUGAUGGUCCUUUACGGAGUUUUGAUGAUCCACAGAACGCAUCAUUUCUGGAGAGCAUAAAGAGAUCCGAGUGUCCCAAGGAGCUUGAACCAGCAGAGCGAAAAACUUCUGUCCAUGUCAGCCUCACAAGGAAGGAUGAAAACUACCCUGAACCAGCAAAGCCACGUCAUCUCCCUUUCCGUGGUGUUGGAAGAACUUUAGGUAGCAGCUCCUCCAGUGGUGAAGCAGCUGGUGAAUCUCGCGUAGCAGCUCCAGUGCCAACAAUGGGUUUAGUCAUAGAUGAGUCACAGCCAGUAACAUCAAUCCAGUUAAGGUUAGCUGAUGGUACACGCAUGGUUUCUCGUUUCAAUCACCACCACACUAUCAGAGAUGUCCGAGCAUUCAUUGAUGCAUCAAGACCCGGUGGAGCAACAAGUUACCAACUGCAGACAAUGGGUUUCCCUCCCAAACAACUCACUGAAAUGGACCAGACUAUAGAGCAAGCUGGUAUAGCCAAUUCAGUUAUCAUCCAAAGAUUGUAGGUUGUUUUUUCACAUUCUAUAUUCAGGUCAACUUGAGAUACCUGCAUUUAUGGUUAAACAUUGAUUGAUCAACUUACUUUGGUGAAUUUCAUAUGACGUGCUUGGUUAGUAUAUUCUCCUUCCAAAAUGGAGUACUUUCUUGAA